CUGUUACUGUGGUGAUGAAUGUAAACUAGACAGUGCCUUGCUUUACUUGACAACUGCACUGGCACUAUAACUGGGUCACUUGAAAGCGACUACUUCAGAACAAAUUAAACUUUAUCAGAACAACAGAGAUGAAAGAUUUGAUUGAUGCUCACAGUCAGAAGUGUUGGACCGAACUCAUUAAUAAAGAAAUCUGUACUCGGAUAGCCUGGAAAACCAAGUACGGGAAUGAGCAAGCCGGGAUUCAGCCCAUUAUACACAGGAAGAAGUAUGACGUUCCUAAACUUGCUGUCUUGCCAGCUAUUCCCAAAAAACAUGGACAAAGGAAAUAUCCAGCCCAGAAAGCACCUGAAAAGCCUAACCUAUUGGUGGCAGAGAUGCGCCCAGUGACCCCUCAAAUUCGACGGCUGCUUUAUGAAGGCUUCUCUCAAGAGCAGACAGGCAGGUACCAGUACCUGCAAGAGAGAAAAGCACAAGACCCAGUUGAAAAAUUCCCAUAUCCUCUCCUAUCAUCCUGGGACUAUGGCUGGAGGCUGGAUGGAAAUACCACAGAAUAUGGAAUACCCAGUCAUGGGCGAUUGAGGAUUGUACAGGACACCUUCUGCACAAGAAAUGGUGUCUUCUGCAAAACGUCUCCAACUGAUGCUUGGUUAACCUGAACAAUCGGGCAGGGGGAGAGAUAAUAAAACUCCUCCCUCUUCAGAUCUCUCUGAUAAAACACGUGUGUUCUGUGAAGCGCUUUGGGAUGUCCUCCCGACGUGAAAAGCACUAUAUCAAAUGCUAGAAUUAUUAUUAUUAUUGAGCAAAAUAAUCUCAUGGAACCUCUGAAAACGGGCACUUUCAGAAUUAUAUUUUGAUUUACAUUCACUACAUUUAUAAUUUUAAUUUCAAUAAAUGUGUCUUUAAAGAUUGGUUUCAAUGGUCCAGUUUUGUGCUAACCUGCUGUAUGAGCUGCUUUUAUAUCAAUUGAAUUUGAUGUCUGAGCAGACCUGUUUUAGAAAAGAUGUUCCUAUAUGGUGAAUGUCAAUUCUGAAUCUGUUCCAUUUUUAAUAAUUUA